CCCUUAGCAACGGUACACACACAACCAACUUAGUGCUGAUCGCUGGGAGCCCAGAGGUUAGAGCUGAGUGGAUAUAUCUGGAUAUUUUCAUUAUGGUUUUUAGGGUAUAGAAGAAACACAAUUACAUUGGCCCACAGGACAUCACAGGAGCCUGGACUGGAGAGAGUAGAAACAUGGAAGAUAUAAUACCUUGUGAUACCCAGAACUUUUCCUCAUCUGCAAUUCUGUCUAUAGCUCAAAUUAAUUCCCUCUUGGAACAAGAUGUUGCUGGUGUGCAAAGGAAAAUGGAAGAGUUCCUUCAUUUUAAAGAGCUACAAACAAAUCUAAAGGAAGCCAUUUUGCUUGAUUAUUACGUGGAUGGUUUCUGUUGGGGGAAAGAGAUGAGCUUUACCCCUGAGCAACUUGUGGAUUUUAUGGGAUUGUUGUAUUUAUUGCUGGAUAAUUUAGAGACCAAAAAAAUGUCUCUGGAAGAGCACUUAAAGGACCUGGGGAGACUGCUGACUGGCAUAGGGCAAAGUCAUCCUGGCAAAAAGGGAAUCCUUGCUUUGUUCAAUGUGGACCAAGCCAAAGACAUCAUCAGCUAUUUUCAAAUGAGUUUAUUUCAACAUUACAAGCUCUAUGAAUGUAUGUUCAGCGUUCCAAGGGAUGUGAUGGUGCUAGGGGCAGAGAAUGUGAUCAGUGUUGUUAAAUCAGAGCCAACUUUCCCCGCUCCACUUGAAGAAGGAAUUUCUUCGGAAAUCUAUUCACAGUACAUAGCUCCACCUGUACCCCAAUCGCCAAUAACAGGAACAGAAGAUUCCAGGAUAAAUCAGCCUCUUGAAGAGCUGGGGGGAAAUGAAAAGACAGCAGAUGAAGUUGAUCCCCUGAGUGGUUUCACCGUAGAAGAUGUGAAGACGGUCUUAAAUCAGGUUACAACAGAAGUUAUUGGCAGCCUACAGGCUGAGAUAAAUGAAAAGCUGAGAGUACAGGAAGAGGCCUUCGCUGCAAAAAUAGAAAACCUUCAAAAGUCACGAUUUUCUCAGUGAACUGUACAGAACAUUACGCAGUCUCGCAUUUAUUUCAGAAGGGAUUAUCAACACUAUUACAUCUGCAAGGCUGCCAUGAGGAAUGAUGGCGCCCCCUACUGGUUUGUGGGCUGUCCAUGUCAGGUGGCUCUGGUUAUUAGCCCUCUUGUUUGAGUCUUAACCACAAACUAAAUCCCACCAUUCCCAGUCCCAGGGCCCAUGAGUCUGGACUCGUCUAUGUGGCUCUCCACUAGGACCUGGCUGCCUCCCCAAGGUUGCCACCUUUUCUGGAAAUAAAUACCAUCUUUCCUAUAUUUUUGCCUUUUUCCCUAUUAAUAACAUUAGCAUCAAGCAUCAUUAUUACCGUCUAGACCGGGCCGGUGGCAACCCUACCCCCAUACACCUUAUAGGAGCCAUGUUGCUGCGAAAAUAAAGCACAAACUUGCGUUUGUAUUCUAUCACUUAAUAUUAUUGGGGGAGAACACAUUUUAACAGCUAAUGAAUGUUUUGUUUUCUUUGUUCUUCCAAAAUCUGGUUGAAAAAAGCUAAUCACUGAUUGGUUCCUAUGGGUUGCUUCCCAGUUACACAUUUUCCCACUGUUGAUAAAUUGGCCCUUUUUUAUAUCAUUUUUAUAUUUCUUAAAAGGGACAUAUCCCUUCCCCCAAAAAUGGUUCUUUUGCACCAAUGAAAAUCAUCCUUACCAGCACUAUGGCAGCCAUCAUUGUAAUCUAACAUCAUAAUUAUCUUGAAAUGUUUGGUUGCUAAUAUCAUACAGUAAUCAAAGCUUAAAAGGACAGAUAUAAAGCUGUUUAGGCAGAAUUUUCAUUGAAGGAGCCUCUUCAAUCAACAGGGCCACUGACCUUGGAGGAUUUUAAGAAUGGAUGGUGGGACUAGAACUCCCAUCAUUCUUUAUCCCUUGAAUAAUGCAUUGAAAUCCAGCAGAAUAUGGGUGGGGCAACAUUCGAUAGCAUGUGAAAAGGGACAUUAUUUCUUUAUUAUUUCUAUAGCUUUUCUAAAUUGCAAAAACAUGAAUAGUUCAUAAUUUAUUUUGUAUGAUGUUAUGUACAAGGCUAACAUAAAUAACUAAUUACAAAUUAACCCAAAAUACCUAUUUAGGUAACUUUAUAUUUGCACUAGGCUGGGGUUAUUGGCUUCACCCAAUGCAAAUGCGAAACAGUCAAAUAACAAUACAAUGAAAUAACAAUAGAAAUGGCAAUG